GAUUAGAAGUCUGUUAGGUGAGCUGAUCUCUAUUCAAGAGAACGCUGGAUGAGAUUCCUUCUUUCAAGAAACCCUAUAUUAACUUUUCAUAAGUGACUUCUACGUUGAAGCACAGAAGAGCUAUGAGAUAACCUGUCAUACUGGCAAUCUUUUUGAUUCGGAAAUUAGAAAUAUCAGCUCUUACAGAGUUUCCCAGAUACACAGAAGCAUGGCGACAACUGCUGGUGAACAAGCGAAUUAUCUUCAGUCAGCUGACAGUAUGAGUGACGGGAGGCAACAUCAUCCAGAGGAAGCUGGGGAAAAAAAGCAAGAAGAACAGAAGAAGUCUUGGGGGGAAUGGCUUCAGGACUUGAAGAUCUUCAUCUGGAAUCCAGAGAAAAAAGAAGUACUAGGAAGAGACAAAAAAAGCUGGGCCCUGAUUUUACUCUUUUACUUCAUUCUGUACUGCUUUCUUGCUGGGCUGUUUGCUCUCUGUAUAUAUGGCUUGCUAGCCACAAUUAGCCCAUAUGUUCCUACUUAUAGAGACAGAGUUUUCCCUCCAGGUUUAACGAUAAGGCCACAAUUCAAUGCUCUUUAUUUUUCAUUCAAUCCAUCUGAUAGAAGCACGUGGUCAUCACAUGCGGAAAGUCUAAACACAUUUCUGGAAGACUAUAAUGAUGAGAUCCAACAAGAAAAAAACCUUGAAUGUACCCCGGGAAAAUACUUCUUCCAGCCAGGGGAAGAUCAUGAAGAAAGGAAAGCUUGCCAGUUCAGACGUUCAUUGUUAAAAAACUGUUCAGGAAUUGAGGACCCAACCUUUGGUUUUGCACAAGGGAAACCAUGUAUCUUGCUAAAGAUGAACCGGAUUGUCGGGUAUCAGGCUGGUUCUGGAAUCCCUAUUUAUGUCACCUGUGAGAUUUUGAAAGCUGAUGCGAGUUACCUUGGCCCAGUCAACUUCUAUCCAUCAGACAAGUUUGAUCUCAUGUAUUAUCCUUACUAUGGUAAACUCACCCAUGUAAACUAUACAUCCCCUUUAAUAGCCAUGCAAUUUACAGAAGUGAAAAACAAUCAGGACAUUAACAUCCAGUGCAAGAUCAAUGGCAAAGAUAUUAUCAGCGACCAUGACAAAGACCGGUUCCUUGGAAGAGUGGCCUUCACGUUGCACAUUGGAUGAUUUAUGUGAUCCCCUAGGGUUUCAUUGGGAAACUUGGCAUUGGCCCCUGACCAAUCCUACUGUAGCUAAUUAACAAGAGUCAUUUUGAUUGGUUUGGCUGGAGGAGUACAACAGAGGUAUUUGUUGGAGGCCCCAUGGCUGAAUCUUUCCACUGACGCUGCUAUUACAUGGUUCUGUAUAAUUUUUUUUUUUACUUUUGCUCAUACUGGGGGCCCCUUCUUCCAUUCUCUUCUUAGCCUUAUCACCCGCCCCUAACCCUCUGCGUGUCCGGGAUCUCUACCAUGCAAGAUGUAUUGGACAUUCAUGACACUUAGUGAAACCCCAGACCUCCCAAAGAGUUUUUUUCUGUUUUAAAUGUAAUUUUACCUUAAUUUACCUUUUUGUGAAAUUCUCGGCCAGUGAUAUAAAAAUUGAUCAUG